GUAGUUUUGACGCAAUGGCAGUGGUUUACCUCGGCAAGUGUAAGCCUUAAGAUAUUCCCACAACUGUUAAAAAUGAAUCCGAAAAGACGUUUUUGUGAAUAAAAAUAGCAUAAUGGUGACUUUCAGUGACAAUUUAAUGCAGCCUGCGAAACUAAAAACGGGGUGAAGCAAUAACAAGCAGCACCUCUUCUGCAGCUCAGUGGGGCUCCGAAGCUAGGCUAACUACCUGUGUGGCGUGUCGGUGGUUUUACACAUGCUAACGCAGCGUCCGGUAACCUCCAAACAUGGCUCAUCUAUUAGUAGCUGGCGACCAGCAUAUUCACUGAUUUGAAAUGAGUCCGAGGAGUUAACCUGUUUGGAGUAACGCCAGAAACGAGUGAGGAACUUGCUCCACACUAAACACCAGCGACGGGUAGCCUUGACAACAGCUUCCUCCUGUCGCUAACCGAAGUUCCUCCUCCGCCUGCGGAUGAGGUAGUUUAGCGGGCUAGCUAUAUGAAACCCACCCAGGCGGUGAGUACAUGUCUACUACAGAGUGAAACACAAGGAAAUCCCGCUGUACAUGUUUCGCCAAGAAGUCAGUGUGACGUCUUUUAUCCCAUCUUGUUCGUAUCUAUUCCAAACCGAAAAUAGGAACAUGUCCCGGUACAACAUAUACAGCCUGCUGGACUGGAUUUACGGCGGGGUGGACCCGAAGUUUGAGGGCAACGGGGGGCCCGAGUGCGCAGCCUUCCUCCCGCUCCAGCAGCGCAUCGUGGAGAGCCUGGCCAUCUUCUUCAUCUCGCUGCUGGAGGUCGGUGUUGCACUGAAGAAUAUAAACUUUGCAAAGGAGUUCAGGGUUGUCGGCGGGGACUGCGUAAAGCCGAAGAAGGACAGUCUGGGCAAGAACCUGUUGCUGGUCUCUCUUUGCAUGACUUUUGGAAUCGAAGUCGGGUUCAAGUUUGCGACUAAGACUGUGAUAUAUCUUCUGAAUCCCUGCCAUAUAGUCACUAUGAUUCAGAUCUUCCUGCUGGCCUGCCCGCCAUGUAAAACAGCGAUGAUUGUAUUUAGACUGCAUAUUCACAUGCUGAAUGGAGCGUUGUUGGGUUUAGCGUUCCCUAUAGUCAACACCAGGCUGCUGCCGUUUGAGAUGGAGAUCUACUACAUCCAACAUUCCAUGAUGUACUGGGUGCCUGUUUACCUCAUGAGGAAAGGAGGUGUGUACCAGCCCGAGCCUCUGGGGAACAUGUGGUGGGCGCUGCUCUCCACUGGCAUCCUGUUUCUCUACCACAUCGUCUUCCUGCAGCCCCUUGGCCUGGCGACGGAGGUCAACCUGAACAACAUGCUGUGUCCGGCCGUGUCCGAUCCCUUCUACGGGCCGUGGUACCGGGUGUGGGCGAUGGGCCACCAGACUGCACUGACGCUGCUCCACGGGAAGCUCCUGACGUUCCUCUCUCAGCACAGCGGCUCCGCCUGCAGAUACCUGCUGGACACGAUUCCACUGCGCAGCAAAAAGGUCGACUAGACGUCCGCGCACACGCGGCCCCCCCAAGGCUUUGUUUUUUGUUGUUCUUUUUCUAACAUGUGCGUUUUCUGGAACCUUUUAGCCCUGUUGAGACGAGGGGAGCUGUUCAGGGGCCAAUAAACCCACACGUCAUUCUUGGUGGCUAAAAUACG